UGCCAUCCCCAAGUGACAGAUGGAUGGACCUUUCAACUGAGAGAAAGGAGGAGACACGUUGGCAAAUCAACCUCACACUCAAGAUUGCUUGUGAAGGAAUCGUAAGGGGGAGCAAAAACAGACACAAGCUCGAAAAGACAAGAAGGGCGCAAACUUUGGCAGGCUCUCCGCUUCACCAGCUACUCAUCCAAACCAGAAGCAAAAUGUCCCUGAAAUUGCCAAGGACCUGGGAUUUCAACCUGAAAGUGGAGGCUGCGAAAAUAGCUCGGUCAAGGAGCGUGAUGACCGGCGAGCAGAUGGCCUCCUCUCACCUGUCGUCCACUCCCAACCCACUGGAGAGGCCCAUCAAGAUGGGCUGGCUGAAGAAGCAGAGGUCCAUCGUGAAAAACUGGCAGCAGAGGUACUUUGUGCUGAGGGCGCAGCAACUCUACUACUACAAGGAUGAAGAGGACAUGAAGCCACAGGGCUGCAUGUAUCUACCAGGAAGUACAAUCAAGGAGAUUGCCACAAACCCAGAAGAAGCUGGAAAGUUUGUCUUUGAAAUCAUUCCAGCCUCAUGGGACCAGAAUCGCAUGGGACAGGACUCCUACGUCCUCAUGGCCAGCUCCCAGACGGAGAUGGAGGAGUGGGUGAAAUUCCUCAGGAGAGUAGCUGGCACACCCUCUGGAGCGGUGUUUGGCCAGCGCUUGGAUGAGACUGUGGCCUAUGAGCAGAAAUUUGGCCCUCAUCUGGUGCCCAUCCUGGUGGAGAAGUGUGCAGAGUUCAUCCUUGAGCACGGCCUGAAUGAAGAGGGCAUAUUCCGACUGCCUGGGCAGGACAACCUGGUGAAGCAGCUGAGAGAUGCUUUUGAUGCCGGGGAGCGGCCCUCCUUCGACAGAGACACAGAUGUGCACACCGUGGCCUCCCUGUUGAAGCUCUACCUCCGAGACCUCCCGGAGCCAGUGGUUCCCUGGAGCCAGUAUGAAGGGUUCCUGCUCUGCGGGCAGCUCACGAAUGCAGACGAGGCAAAGGCUCAGCAGGAGUUGAUGAAGCAGCUCUCCAUCCUUCCUCGUGACAACUAUAGUCUUCUGAGCUACAUCUGCAGGUUCCUGCAUGAAAUCCAGCUGAACUGUGCAGUUAACAAGAUGAGUGUGGACAACCUGGCUACUGUGAUUGGUGUGAAUCUCAUCAGGUCGAAGGUCGAAGACCCUGCCGUGAUCAUGAGAGGGACUCCUCAGAUCCAAAGAGUGAUGACUAUGAUGAUCAGAGACCAUGAAAUCCUCUUCCCCAAGUCCAAGGAUGCACCCUUGUCACCCCCUGCCCCGAAAAACGACCCCAAGAAACCUCCAGUGCCCCGAAGCUCUGUAGGCUGGGAUGCCACUGAAGAUCCCCCAAUUUCUAGAACAGACAGCCUCAGUAGCAUGACAAGUGACUCAGACGCAACCAGCCCCACUGGACAACAGCCGAGUGACAGGCAUCUGGAGGACAGCAGCAAAGGCCCCAAGGAAAAGCCAGGAGAUUGGAAGAUGGAAUCUCGAAAAAGGACACAAACGCUCCCUAACCGGAAAUGCUUCUUGACAUCAGCUUUUCAAGGUGCCAACAGCAGCAAAGUGGAGAUCUUUAAAAAUGAGUUCUGGUCGCCUUCUUCAGAAUCUAAGGCAGGAGAAGGGCACAGGAGAGCAAUGUCUCAAGAUUUGCGCCACUUUGCUGACUCCCAGCGGACUUCCACCUAUGAUAAUGUCCCUGCCUCGCCAGGGUCCCCUGGGAACGAAGCAGGUGCACUUUCUUCCCAGGCGUGUGACUCCAAGAGAGAGACUCUUGCCAGCCCAAACUCUGAAACUGGGCCUGGAAAACAGAACUCUGGAGAAGAGGAACUUGAUUCUUUGCAGAGGAUGGUCCAGGAGCUCCGAAAGGAAAUAGAAACACAGAAGCAAAUGUAUGAGGAACAGAUUAAAAGCCUUGAGAAGGAAAAUUAUGAUGUCUGGGCUAAGGUGGUGAGGCUCAAUGAAGAACUGGAGAAGGAAAAGAAGAAGUUUGCGGCCUUGGAGAUCAGCCUCCGCAAUGUAGAGCGCUCCAGGGAGGACGUUGAGAGGAGGAACAAGGCCUUGGAAGAAGAAGUCAAGGAAUUUGUCAAAUCAAUGAAGGAACCCAAGGCUGAGGCUUGAGGGUCCCAGGAGCACUGCAGGGACAGCCUGAGAGAGGCCCAACUCUGCUGCCUUUCUUGGUGCUACCUGACAACUGGGAAGCAAAAUUACUCUCUAAGAGGGAAACGACAUUUUGGGGGAAAACACCACAUUUCCCAGUAAAUGAAUCAAUGGAGUUUGCAGGAGGAUGAGGGUGAGCAUGGACAUGUGUGGACAUCUGUGACUGAAUAUUACUGUAUUCAAAGGGAUUGUGUUAUUGCACCGUGGUCUCAGGCAGGAUGAGAUGGAACCUUCCAUGGCUAGAUGGCUAUGUCCAAUAGAGACAUUGAAGCAGGCCACAUCUCAGGACCCAGGCAAAAGGCUGGCCUCAAUAGAGGCUGGGCUGAGGUGUUAGUUCUUUGUUUUCUGUGUGGAAUAACUCACCUUGUCAGAUAGCCUUGGGGCAUCUCUGAGACACAGGACAGAAAAGGAUAUUCAACUUACGAGUGCUCAACCAUGGAGUGCUCUGUUUUGAGAGGCUGCACCUGCUGAAGCCAGAACCCCAUUCUGCCACCCCCACCACAAUGCACAUUCUCCAGGGGUUCUCAAACAUUUUUAGACUAAGACACAACAAGCAAUAAACUGUAUUUAUAAAAAGAAAAUGGAUA